CACAGUAUGGCCGGCGAUAUUAGCUAGCACUCGCCAACGGUAUUCUCUGUAAAAGGGAAGACGGUAAAAAAAAACAAGGCAACUACACCUGGACUGCUCAAGGACUGUAACUAAGCUAAUAAAUUAUAACAACCAACAAAGGAUUAAUUAACUGGGAUUCCAUCCGACGGUUUAAUUUCUGUUGUUGGAGUCUGUUGUCUCGCGAUGGAAGAGAGCAGUGCACACUUCUUCGAGGGGACCGAAAAGCUCCUGGAGGUGUGGUUCUCCCGACAAGACAAGUCCAAAGGAGCCGGGGAUCUGCGCGCUAUCCCCAGAUUUGAGUGGGACAAACUUCUGGAGAAUGUGCAUUGUUUGAUUAUAAGUGUGACAAAGACUGACAAGCAGGAAGCUUAUAUACUCAGUGAGAGUAGCAUGUUUGUCUCCAAGAGACGUUUCAUUUUGAAGACAUGCGGAACCACCCUCUUACUACAGGCACUGGUGCCACUGCUGGAACUGGCUCGUGAGUACUGCGGCUUUGAUGCCAUCGAGAAUUUCUUCUAUUCUCGUAAAAAUUUUAUGAAGCCCACCCAUCAAGAGUUCCCUCACCGCAACUUCCAGGAGGAAGUCGAGUUCCUCAGCCAGAUUUUUCCAAAUGGAGCAGCCUACUGUAUGGGACGUCUGAACUCAGACUGCUGGUAUUUGUUUACGCUGGAGCUGCCAGAAUACUGGGAGAACAAGCAGGCGGACCAGACACUAGAAGUUCUGAUGAGUGACCUUGACCCAGCUGUGAUGGACCAGUUCUACAUGAAAGACGGUGUUUCUGCUAAUGAUGUCACUCGUAUGAGUGGAAUUCGUGACCUGAUUCCAGGUUCAGUGAUUGAUGCCACAAUGUUCAACCCUUGUGGAUACUCCAUGAAUGGAAUGAAAACAGAUGGAACUUACUGGACGAUUCACAUCACCCCCGAACCAGAGUUCUCCUAUGUCAGCUUUGAAACCAACCUCUCCCAGACAUCUUACGACGAGCUCAUCCGCAAAGUCGUGGAUGUCUUCAAACCAGGGAAAUUUGUGACUACGCUUUUUGUCAAUCAGAGCUCCAAAUGUCGCAGUGUUUUCUCUUCGGCUCAGAAGCUCGAGAGCUACCGCCUCCUGGACCGCCAGUUGGCCCACUUCAACGACUACAAUUUCGUCUUCACCAGUUACGCCAAGAAUCGCCAGCAGAAACAGAGCUGAUCCUCCGAAAUGAAGAAGCGUAAAAAGAAAUCCUGCUGCUGCGAGGAACACCUCGGCGGCAGGCGUAGUCUUGUAGCGGAGAGGCGGUGUUUGUGCGUGGAGUCUUCUGGCUGUAGAUCUUCCCUGAGUUUACCAUUUAUGCAUUCUUGUACCAAUGACGUAGAUAUCGUGCAUGAAAGCUCUUCUUGUGUCUCUGUAGAUAUUCUAGCCCAUUCUUGCUGUGAUCUUGAAGUGCAUGUAGAGUUCUUGAACGUGGUGGUGUGUGUGAGGCAUGUCACACCAUCCCUGUACAUGCAAUGCUCCCUUCCCUUCCUGCAAGUGUCCCCUCGCAUCCCCCACAGACAGGGUUUCCGACCUCACUAGACAAGGACCCUGACAUGCUCAGAUCUGUCUUGUAUCUCGACUGGUCCAAAAGCAACGUCUGUCGCGUUUUAUAUGAGUUCUCUGGUUUGCGAAAAGGCCUAUUUUGGGGGUUUUCAUUUACAUUUCCUUUGACUUCUAUUUAAACUGGUUAUUUAAAUCGCAACUCAAUUUUUCAGCUGUGUGUUCAGCUCGACUGUGUAUAGCUAGCUAACAUUUCUAUGACCGUGUGAAAAAAAUCCUAAAAACAUACUUAAACUAUUCCUUGUUCAUCGUAUUUUCUGUAACCCUGCGGGCAGCUGUCUUUUUCGGUGUACUAGAGAAGUGAAUGUUUUAGAAGUUAAGCAACUUAACCGUCACCUUCAGUGUCGACAGCCUGCUCUUCUUCUAAGGAUUAACGCAGUGCUUGUUUAAGUAAUAGAGUAGUUAGAUGGUUAGCACUAAGCUGAACUUUGUACAAGUAGCCAAUAUUUCCAUUUCCGUUUAAAGAAACUAAAAAUACUCAUUGCUCUUCUGAUGUUGUUCUUCAGCUUUACAGGUGGUCAACUUCAUUUGAAGUACCAGAGAAGUGAAUGUUUCAAAAAAAUCGAGUUAACUGUUGCCUUAAGUGUCAGCAAAAUAUAAUCUGCAAUAUAUAACCAUUACGGUGAAAGUCAAGUGUUGUCUUCCUUUCCUCAAAUAAAAUGCCCUUAAACAUGAAUGUAUUAAAGGUAAAAUAAAUAAAUAAAUAAAUAAAUGAAAAAAACACAAGUUAGUUGAAAGGUGACAGUGUGUUAUAUAAUAUAAGAAUGGAUUUUUCUGAAUAAUGUAGCAAGUGUAGAAGAAGCCAUCCGUCCGUCGUUUCUGUCAUUGUGAAGGACCCUGGGGCUGUCCAGCACUGAGCCUGCUCAAUGCACGCCUUUGAAUUGAAACAGUUGGACAGACACUUUGCUUUAGUGUGCCGAUCGCACAGCAAAGCAUUUUUCUUUUUUCUAAACAAAAUGUGUUCUCUCUCUCUUUUUCUCUACAGAAGCUGGUAAGCACACAAUAGGCGCACACUGAUCUGAGCAUGUCAGGGCAGACCCGGAUCAUUCCACACCCCACACCUGCAUAAAGUGCAGUUUUAUUAAACUUUUUUUUUUUUUUUU